AGUGCUACAAACUGAAGUUGCAAAUCUCAGCAUUGUAAAACUCGUAGCGCUCCUAAAUUGCAGAAUCAGAACUGUAAUUUACACAGUUAACUCUGUUAGCAGGAUUUUAGGUUCCCAGGAUACCAGGUCUAUUGCACAGUCUUGUAUUUACCAUUUAGUGAACUAGCUCCAAUCUUUAGCAAAAACAACUGGAGAUGGAAGACAAAAACCUGGCAUUGCCAAGGCCUCAAUUUCUGUGUUUAAGCCCCAGGUGUGCCCUCAGAUUUUCCAGUGUGAUUACUAUAUGUGCAGCUACAGUGUUUUGUGACAGGUGUGAUGACUAACCGUGUUCAGGAAAGGAAACAGUGGAAAAAUGAGGUUUAAAAUGCAUCCUGGCAAACUCUCACAUCUUGACUUUCAGUGAAUGCAGCUGCACAGUCUUAGUAUUACUCACACUGGGUUCUUCUGAAGACAAAACACGAGUCCCGUUAGUUUAAAGAUGGAAAUCCACAGAUGUUCUUGCACCUCUGAAGUGUGUACUGAGGCUUUCUGUUAGAAUUGGAGGUAUGCCUUAGGAAAGUUGAUGUGGCUUUCAGCUGGAAAUUCAUUUUAGAUGAUGUCAAAGGGUUUAGGGGCAGUUCAGGAGCUACAGGUCAAAUGAGGAAAAGAGACACGAGGUGUAUUUCUGAACUCUGAACUCUUCCCCCACUCAACUGGAUAUCAACCAGUGUUAGAUUUCCCAGGCUUUGGCCUUAGUGUGUUUUGGAAUAUGAAUCUCAAAAGCCUUUUAAUUAAAUGUGCAACUAAGUAAUCUCCCAGGUUUAAGGUUUACCAUGCAGGGAUGAGCAGAUUUCUGUUUAUACUGGAGGAAGCCCAUCUGCUUUCAAGCUUUUCAGAAAAUUGUUUGAAAAGUUGCAUCUUGCAAAUACACCAUUGCUUACAGACUGAUAAGUAUUUGUAGAGUGCAUUCAGCAUGCUUAUAAUUUUAAAUAAUGAAGAAGCAGCCUUUAUCUAAUCAUUGGAGGAGUUGUUUGUUUUGCUGUUAAAUACUUUUACAUAGUGGCUCUGGAGCUCUGAAGAGUUUUCUGCAUGUUUUCUCACACUUGGGCAACUUCUUAUCCAAAUUAUACUUUCAGAAAUACUCACAUUGUUAUACUGAAACACCCAAAGCACUGUGCUGUUUUGUCUGGGACAGCACAGCUCAGGAUCCGUUCUUGGAUUCCUCCACAUCGUCCAGCAUUUAUUUUACUAAGCUCACUGCUGGCCGUAUCCAAAAUAGACAUUAAUCCAAAGCCAGAGACAAUGCCUAAGUUGAGUUUCUGAGGUUAUAUGCAUAAUAACCCGAGCCUUUGGUUAUUGUUUCAGAUUGCUUGUCAUUUAUUUCUUUUUCUCCUCCUCCCCAGGGCCGAUUACUGGAAGUCUCAGCCAAAAAAGUUCUGCGAUUAUUGCAAGUGCUGGAUAGCAGACAACAGACCUAGCAUAGACUUUCAUGAGAGAGGGAAGAAUCAUAAGGAAAAUGUGGCCAAAAAAAUUAGUGAGAUUAGGAAGAAAAGCAUGGAAAAAGCAAAAGAAGAAGAAAACAUGUCAAAGGAAUUUGCAGCAAUGGAGGAGGCUGCAAUGAAAGCAUAUCAAGAGGAUUUGAAAAGGCUUGGAAUUAAGCCAGAUGAUGUAGGUCCCAGUUCGACUCAGAAUAAAACACAGAGUAACACAGCGGAAGGUAAAGGGAAGAAAGAAAAGAAAGAAAAAAAGGAAAAGAAGGAAAAGAAAAAAAAGACACGUGAGGGCACCUCAGAGUCAUCAAAAACUGAACCAAAGGAAUGGGUGCAAGGACUUUCUCCUGAAGGCUACACUUACUACUACAAUACAAAAACAGGAGAAUCACAGUGGGAGAAACCAAAAGGAUUCCAAGGCAACUCUAAAAAUUCGCACACGGGAGCAGUGUGGGUAGAAGGUGUCAGUGAAGAUGGUCAUACCUAUUAUUACAACACACAGACAGGAGUGUCCACAUGGGAGAAACCUGAUGGUUUUGUUUCAUCUUCAAAUGAGAACAGUCAACGUGGCAAGCAUUCUUCUGAAUCAGACUCCGAACAGGAAGACAGUGAAAGUGAAGGACAAAGUCCGGGAACAAAUUCAAAGAAGAAAGGAGAAAAUGAUGAAGAAUCAGAGAAAGAGAAAUCUCCCAAAGCUAAAAAGUUAAGCCCUUACGGGAAAUGGCGGGAAGUGAAAUGGCAGGAAGUGAAAUGGCAGGAAGAAGCCGUCGAUAAAGAGAAGAUUGCACUGGCUUCCAAAGAAGCCUCCAGUGAUGAGUCUAAGACUGACUCUUAUGGAAAAUGGAAAGCAAUUAAAAAUGAAGAAGAAGAAGAACCUGAUGAAAAAGUGGACCUGGAGCUUCCUAGUACGGAGAGUGACAGCGUGCUGCCUCCAGUGCUGGAUGUUCCAGAAGAUGCCUCAAUGAUAUUUAAGGAGAAGACAGUGACCUCCCUUGGAGACCUGACAGAAGGGGUGCCAACAUUUAAAAAGAGGAAAUUUGAAAAUGGAAAAUCCAGAAACUUAAGACAAAGACUGGACGAUCAGUAAUACUUAAACCUUUUAGAUACUGCUGAAGCUGGAGAGAAUCAGAAGUUUAAUAUUUUAAACUGGCUUUUAUAAAGAAAAUAUUGGAUAGAAAUUAAGGAUUUAUAGGUAUUAAAACAGAUGUGAGUUGUACUAUUUUUUAUUUUGAUGUGACUGCUUUUGGAAUGGAAGUUUGUGUUAUAUUAAUUAUGCAAUAUUGUAAAUAGACGUAUUUUUUAUUUUAACCACGCCAUCUACUCUCAGUUUGCUCCAUGUAUGCUGUUUUAGAUACAUUGUGCUGGGUUUUUUUACUCCUUUUCUAAGUACAGGACAAUGUAGUAAUGCUUAAUCUGGGGAAAAUAAUGCAGACCUUUUAUUUUUACACAGGAACUGGAUCAAUGGCGUGGUCUAGAGAGUAAAAUCGUCCCUCAGCGUUAUUUAUCUGGAACCACCUCUAUUGCAGUAAAUUUUUCUAUGCUUUCAUCCUGGUGUAUUUUGCUUUGUUGUCUCUGCUUGAAUUUUCUUUUUACACAUCAAAUUUUCUUUCUUUUUUUAGCUUCGUUUCCUUUUUGUCUCUAUUAAAAAAUUGCUUGAUGUUGUCAUGAAAAAAUAUUCAAAAGAUUUAUCCCUGCUGCAGCAUGCAGCAACUUUUUUGAGGCUGAUGGUUUUCCUCUUUUGCAAGAGGAAUGGGCUGAGCAGUUGCAGACAGCGUUAGCUAAGAUGAGAGGGGCUAAGCAUACUGAAGCUUCAUUAUUCUGAGUGCUAUAAGAAAGAAAAACAAAAGAUCAUUACGUGGGGCUGAUGGCUGAAAUGUCCUGGCUGGUUGCUCAGGUUUUUAGCAGUUGACUAUCUCAAGGAGUCUAAGUUUGAUUUCAUAGGUCUUCACUAGCAUUAUCAAGAUUCAUUGGCUGCCUGAGAAGACAACACUACAUGCUGCUUCCCUGGGUACCAAACAGUGAGCCACAAAGGUUCCAAUCAUGCCAUUUCUAAAGCUCACAGGUCUUUGCUCAGGGGAACCUCAGACAGAAAGCAGAGUUAAGGCAGUUGGCACAGUCCAGCUACAGCAAAAUACAGUUGCUGAACUUGAUUUCCUCGAGAAAAUGACCUCAUCUGUCAGAUUAGCUGACACAAGAGUGGGAAUCUGAUCUAUCAUAUAUUGCAAAGGAAGCUGAGGUCCCUCCUUUUAUUUUUUUUUUCCUACUUUGUGAUGUUUUGUGUGUGUGGAAGAGAAUUAAGUAUCGAAUUUAAUCCUGUGGGUUUCUUUGGCUUCUUUGUCAAGGUUGUAUUUUUUCUGACGUUUAUUUUGAGAAAUCCAACUAUUUUCUCUCAUGUCCAGCUCUGCAUUUUCACUCAGAGGUGCAGGAUGACUGCUGGCUGCUCUCACUGUCGCAGAAUAUGUACUUCUUCUCCACAUGAAAGGCUAGAGCAGAAAUCUCCUUUCUCCUUUUCUCCUGUCUCGGCUGCACACUGCUGGCAGGUCAAGGCUACAUGUGAUGCCACCAGUACUUCUGUAGAGCAUUGUGAGUCAUUCCUGAUACAUCCAUCCCUCAACCACCAUUUGCCUUCCACGUGAUCACAUCGUGCUGUGUGCCGCAGGUGCCCUGUGACUGACCACUACAAGCGACUCUUUCUGCUCCUCUGCUGCUGCCAACUGUUGAGGUAGCAGCUGAUCAAGCUUUGCCUUCGAGGACAGUUUUUUUUUUCUUAUGAGUUUUUUUCCUUUUCAUUCUGUGCUCUUUCCUUCGCCCUGCAGUACUUGUGUUACUCCAAGCCUGAAGUAUAUUAAAUGAUUUUCUUAUUAGUGCUCUUCUGUAGGCGUCAGCCCUCCAAAGAAGACUUCUUUCCUUUCUUUAGGGAGGUUCCCAAAAUAUUAUCAUCUGUUCUCAGCAGUGUUUUGUCGUGUUGAAGUGGUCAUAGGCAGCGAUUUGUGGUACCUGUAGUUAAACUCCUUAAGCAGAUGUUGAAAAACAUCUGAAAAUACAAGCGUUCAAAACUUGCUUCCUUGAGCCGCUGUUAGCAGUAAUACAAACCAAAGGUCUUCAUAAAGUGCUGUGUUUCAUCAAGAAGCCAAAGCAAGUGUUUGCAUUAAGAAAAAGGAUUCCAUGUCUUCUUUGUUUGUCAUUCGUCAGGGUCAGGCGCAUAUCCCAGCUUUUGCUGAUGUGGCUUCUGAUGCUGGCAUUUCACAAAUGCAGCAUUUCCUUCCCUGCUACCUCUGAAGUCCAGUUUGAAGAGAGGCUGUGGUUGGCCCCCAAAUGUACUGACAACCAGCUGAUACAGAGGUUGUGCUUAGAGUCCCUGUUUAGUUUUGCACUGUGCUGUUGAUAACCUCACCGCAUCUCUCAACCAAAUGCUUUCACUUGUAUACAAAAAGACUGUCUUGAGUAAGAAUGACUGCAGACACUGGUGUUCCAAAUAAUCUGUUCUGCAGAGAUAUCUCUCCCUUCCUUGCUAUCUCCCCGCAAAAUCCUCUGCCUUUGGAAUUUGCCAUAGGAAUCCUGUAGGUAUUAUCUUAGUUACACUCCUCAUCUGCUAAUCCUCCCCUGGGCUGAACUGGCUUCUGACAAAGGAAUGUUGCUUUUGCUGUUUCAGAAGAAGAGCGUUUUGUUUUCUGACUAAUUCCUUUCCAAUCAGGCAGCACAUUGGUCUGCCUGCCUGCUUUUACUGCACACCCCUUCAGCUUGGGCUGCACCUUGGCUCUGCAGCUGCCUUGGGCACCACUAGCACCGGGGGAAAGUAGGCAGAGAGAAAGGGAUAAAGGGGAUUCACUGCCAUCUCUGAUGUCUGAACGUGGGCAAGUCACUGCACUGCGCUGUAUUCUCUCUUUCUUGCAUCAUCUCUUGUACUGGAAGUGGAGCUUCACAGCCCAUUUCUGCUGUGUGUGUGUUACAGCAGGGCUUGCCUGGAGCUGACAGUGCUUUUAGAAGGAAACACAUUGCAUCUACUAAAAAAAAGUGGUUGUGUUUGGCAUGGAAGUCAGCAUGACAGGAGCUGUGCAGAGACCACCUGCUCUGGAAUUAUCCUUGUGCCUAGAAGCCACAUUUUCACCCUCCGCCCAGGAACGUGGAGAUGGAAAUCCAGAUUUUCCCAAUUUGGUAAAUGUCUGGCGUUGUUUGACCAUCAUGGACAAAAUCUUUGCCACAGCACCAUUCGAAUGCAAUGCUCAGAUUGAGAAGAUGGUAGGGUUGGUCACGGUGUGGGUCUGAGUUAAAUUCACUGCCUGUGCAUUUAUAAAUGGCUCGCUCCUUUUCCCCCCUGAAAAGAAUGUUAUUCCAAUGCAUAUUUUGGCAUCUCAGAAAAGGAGUAAAAAAUGAUUUUAUGCUG